AAAGGCCUGGUCUGGUUUAAUAAGUGGAAUACUGUAAUUCUAACACAAGUUAGAAGUUUCUGUGGUAUCUUUUUUAUGAAAUAUGCAAACUUUUAUCCCGGGGAAAUUUUGUUUCAAGUAAUCGAUGUAAUAUUGUGGAAUAGGAGUUAUAAAGCCGAUUUUCAAAAGGGUUGAACAAAUAAAGUGAAACUGGAUGUAAAAAGCCCAAUGUUGCGACUUUGUGUCACUGGAAGUGGUGGAGUUGGCAAAAGUUCAUUAACUAUCCGAUAUUUAAGAGAUGAAUUCACAGAGUAUUAUGAUCCCACACUUGAGGAAACAUAUCAGAAAGAGAUUGAAUAUGCUGGUCGUUUAUAUGACAUUGAAAUAGUUGACACGGCAGGUCAAGAGGAAUUCUCUUCAUUCCGCGACUCUUCACUCGCAACAGGAGAUGCCUUCCUGAUUUUAUUUGCAAUCAACUCUCAGGCAAGCUGGCUUGAAAUGAAAGAUUUACGAAGUAAAAUUAUAGAAGAUAAAGAACAACCAAGCCUUCCAAUGAUUAUUGUUGGCAAUAAACGGGAUUUAGAAGACGAACGAGAGGUCGACAGUGACGAAAUUCAGGAAUAUUGUAAUACCGUCUCUAUUCCUUAUAUUGAAACGUCCGCUAAGACUGGCUUAAAUGUCCAAGAAGCAUUUCAACUUAUUUAUGGUCAGAUACACAGGCUGCAAGCACAUAUGCUUGAAAGAACUUUAUCAAGGAGGCCAGCUAAAAGCAAAAAGAAGGACUGCCUGAUAGUUUAACACUAUUCAUAUUUGCCAAGUUA